AUGUGCAGGUGGUGGAAUAAUCUGCACAUUCAUUCAAGGCUCCCGUUUGCUCGAGAUAGACUCGUGGAGUGUUAUUUGUGGAUGUUAGGAGUAUACUACCCACCCAACUAUUCACGGGGACAAAUAAUACUUACGCUUGUGAUUUAUACUACAUCCAUUUUUGAUGAUAUUUAUGAUUCAUUUGGAACCAAAGAAGAGUGUGAGUUGUUUACCCAGUGGGUAGAAAGUUGGGAUCCGAAAGCGGGUCAUGUUCUCCCGGAGUGCAUGGGAUAUGCAUUUGGAAAAAUCAUGGAAAGCUAUGAGAUAAUCGAUAACGAGCUAGCACCGGAGGAGAAAUAUCGGAUGACCUACCUUAAAAACUUCAUAGUAGAUCUGGUUAGAAAUUACAACAAAGAGGUUAAAAUGCGUGAAGAAAAUGUUAUCCCAGUAUCUGUCGAAGAGCAUCUGCAGGUCUCAGCAAAGACUAGUGCAUGUCAUCUACUGGCUUGCACUUCACUUGUUGGAAUGGAUGAUAUAGCAACAAAGGCUUCUUUUGAAUGGGUUUCAACUAUACCUAAAAUUUUGCAAAAGCUUUGCAUAAUUGUCAGACUAUUAGAUGACAUCAUGACCUAUGAGCGAGAACAGAUGACACCUCAUGUUGCUUCGACAUUGGACAGCUACAUGAAACAACACGAUGUCACUAUGAAAAUAGCAUGUCAGAAGAUACAAGAGCUAAAGGAGGAAUCAUGGAAAGAUUUCAAUGCCGAGUGGCUAGAGUAUGAUGGUGGCCAGCCGAGGAAGUUGAUUGAGGUGAUAUUCAACCUCACGAGAACAAUGGAGUUCAUGUAUAACAAAGAUGACAACUUUACCAACUGUCGCAACCUUGAGGAUACCAUUCGAUCAUUAUUUGUGGAGACCUUUUGAGAUUAUUUUGUAGUAUAAAGGGACCAACAAAUGUUCUUUUGUGAUCAUAUCUUCCA